AUGUCAACCACAAUCGAGUCUGCUCCUGCACGGGCCCCACGUAUCCACAUCCCACUGCCAAACGCACCCUACCUCGAUCGACUCGCAUGCCUUCUCAUGAACUAUCUCCAUCAAGAUCUCAAGCCUCUUCCCGAAUGGGAGAAAACAAUCUUCAAGAUGCCCGACUGCCAAGACAAGAUAUACUCCGAGGUCAUAUUGGCGGAUUCGAACGAGAUGAAAGCAGUCGACCUACCCGCCCUCCCCGACUUCCACCACGUCGCUUUCACGGUCGACAUAAACAAGCUGCUUACACAAGAUGGAAUGGCAGUGAGAUACGAGCUCCGGCUAAGUGCAACUUGCGAAGAUGAAUACAAUCACCCCCUCUCCAUCGGCGACGAUGAGUACGAGCCCAACAAGCUAGCCCGCGAUGUGACCAUCGUUCUCUACAAGGUCAUGGACGUAUCAACAAACGCGCAUUUCCUGGACCUGAUGGACUGGGAUGACUUGUUGAAGUUGUUGAGGAAGUACGUGUUGAGGACAUAUGACGAGUUUGGAAGGAAGAGGAGUUUUUCGGAGGCUGUGGAGGUGGAAGGAACUUGGUCCAGCAUUUCCGGGGGUUGA